CAUGCUUUGCUGCAACAAAAGAAAAAAGAAAAUUGAUGAUGGAAUCUAGGUAAUAAGAAGGACAAAAUUAGAGAUAGUAAUAAAAUUUCUAUAUUUAUGUUAGCAAUAGACUUAAGACAUUAAUGAUGAAGCAAUGUCAUUGUAUUAAACUUAAAAUUUCUUUAAUAACUCGAAUAUAUUUCACAAUACCUAUGAUCUCUCAAGCUAAAGGUAAUAAAAUAUAUAUUUUAGAUUUAGAACAGGCUCUAAUUUUAAGGAAAGUCGAUCUGUUGAUAAACUGAUAUAGAAUCUUCCAAGUAUUAGUCCUCGAUAGAGUUCAUUUAAAAGUUUCAAAUACUGCCAUACAAGUCCAGAUACCAAAUUCAUUUCUCAGAAGUAAGGUUUUACCUUACUAAUAACAAAAUCACCUAAGAAGUGA